GAAAACAAAAUUUUGACGUCACAAUCGAACGCUGGACCAAUGGAGUAGCGACAGAUAAUUUCACGGGCAAAUUGACAAGUGCCUAGCCCCAUUUAUCUAAGUAUUUAUUUACAUCAGAACAGUUUUAUUUGGUCAUUACGUAUUCGGACGACAGGCUUGAUAAAUAAAAGAACUUUCGUGGUUUUAUAUUGCGUCAGCGUAAAAUUCUAGUGUUUUUGUCAAUUGUGGAUUUGAUUGAGAGCUAUUUCCUGCUUUGUUGCGUGUUAUAAAUCACGGGUUUUAGAAGUGUUAUCUAAUAGCGGAGUGUAAUUGGAUGAUUGAAGAUGAUACCAAACAACGUGACUUUGAUUGUUAAGGCGCCGAAUCAACAGAUCGAGGAUCAGAAUAUCGAGUGUGAAUCGUCUUGGACUGUUCGGCAGCUGAAGGGGCACCUGUCCGAGGUUUACCCAAGUAAACCUGGAACAGAUGAACAGAAAAUAAUAUACUCCGGUCAGCUUUUAGACGACAACACGAUAUUAAAAGAUGUUUUAAGAACAUAUGAGAGCCAGAUAGCUCACACAAUGCAUCUAGUAUGCACUCCGACCCGAAGAAUAGAGGCGGUGAGUCCCGAGCCGAACACUGACGGACUCCGCCGAAGGGUCGCGACCGAAGCCACGAACCAGACGGAAAGAGUGACCACCACCGAACCUCCCAGACCAGAGACGAGGCAAAACGACCAGAACCAUAAUGUAGAGAUGCAGAACUAUUUGACCUCCUUCGUGAAUAACUAUGGCAGGGUCCCCCCGUAUCCUAACUACAAUUUCGGGGAGGGGUACCUGCCGGUACCUAACGACCCGGCGCAGUUGGCCAAUCAUAUGAUGAUGAUGCAGCAAGCCUAUUUGCAGUAUAUGCAGCAGUAUGCUAACAUGUGGCAAGCAGCAGGCGCAGCCCCCGCAGCCCCCACGCCGGCCGAGACCCCAGCCCCAGCCGCCGAAGCCCCGGCCCCAGUCGAGGAGCCCGAAGAGGCGCUCGCAGCCCGAGACUGGCUGGACCACUUGUAUGCCGCGUCUAGGCUGGCCAUACUGUUCUCGCUGGUUUAUCUGUAUGGAAGCCCAGCGAGGCUGCUGUUGGUCAUGCUCUUGGCUGCCGCUGGUUAUCUCCACCAAGUGGGUUUCUUCCGUGACUUACACGUGAACCCUGCUGACAACCAGCGACGCAACGAGCAACCCAACCAACCUAAUCAACCAAACCAACCGGAGCAACCAAACCAACCCAACCCAGACGAGUCUGUACCACAACAGACCAACAACGACAACCAACAGUCUCUCCUAGCAGUCACAUGGAUGAUAUUCACAUCGUUCUUUGCAUCCCUAAUCCCGGACACGAAUUAAAACUAAUCCUAGAUUAGGUUUAAAAGGAGUUACUCGGUCUUUAAGACGUAAAAAUAAUUUGUAUAGAAGCUAAAAUUUUCGGAAGGUUACGGUUUUUUUGGGAGUUUCAUCGAUUCCGUGAUAGGGUAGGUCUAAGGAGUUUCGUUUUGUGGGCUGGACUAGAAAGUUUGUGUGAUCUUGGAUACCUGAAUGAUAGUUGAAGUUUGUUCAACAAGUUACUUGGGAAGGGGAAAUAUACGUCAGCGAUUGGACAAACAACUAUUGCGUGAUAAUCCUUGCUUCUCAUUGGUGGAUUGCUAAGCUUGAAGAUCACGUGGCCGUAACAUUUUGAAAGAUCUUGCUAAAUAUCAUUGAUUCAUGGGCUCAUGAACGAAAUGCGAUUUUAAGGUUGAAUAGACAAUUGGAAUAAUUAAUUUUGACGCCUUAACAAUUCGACCAAACUUUGCAUGAGCUCAGUGGCGUCAUCUUCACUAAAUUACUAAGCGAUUUAAAAAUAAUUAAAAACAAAGCAGAAAUGAGCUUUUCUAAAGCGAAAAUACUAAUGGGGCUUUCACUAUAGCUUAGUUUAGAUAAACAGGCGAGAGAUUUCCAAUAAAAAUAAUAUACUAAAACAUGUCAGAAUGUUGAUAAACAAAACUUUAAUUAUAGGAUAGUUCUAAUAAAUUAAAUUAAAAAUCCAGUGUGAAAUAAAGCAUUUUAGUUAGCAUAGCGGGUUAAGCAAGAAAUAGCGAUAUAGAACUUUUAUUUUCGGCUAAAAUACGGCUAUAGUGACGCUUGGAUAUUGCGAAGUGUACUUGACAUAUAGAUCGCAAACUAAAAAAUAAAAUAGCCUUUAUUUUAAAGAGAAAGUUGCGGUGUAACAUUGGGAAAGCUUCUCAAAAACUUCGCUUUAUUUUAGAGUCCACUACAAUACUUAGCUAGCUUGAGUAAAACUCGAUGCGAAAGAAGAUUCGUAGAUUUUUUAUAUCGAUGUUUUCUCUAUACAUAAAGUAUCGAUAACUAUUGCUGUGAUUACACUAUUUCAUACGAGUCUGUACCAACUGCAACAGAUUAUAAUGAAAAAUGAAACUACUUGAUACAAUUUUGCUGAAAUAACUGUAAAUCUAUACAAGUAACUCGAAAAUUCGACUAUCAAAAUUAUUAGUUUCAUGGCUAUUCACUUCCUCGGGAUAAGUAUCGAUGAAGCGUAUUUUCCAAGUAAAUGAAGUUGAAGUUAUUAUUUAUCCAGAUGUGGUGAAACAGGCCUCUAAACUUUAGAAACUUUAACUUUAGAUAUCACUUGAAGUAAUUGCUCUUAAUCAGUGGUGGAAUUACAAAAAAAAAACAUAUUUAUACCACUUUCAUAAACAUUUUUAAGAGUACCAGAUAUUGGUACCCCGUGUAACUGGGUUGAGGAGGUCAGAUAGGCAGUCGCUCCUUGUAAAACACUGGUACUCAGCUGAAUCCGGGUAGACUGGAAGCCGACCCCAACAUAGUUGGGAAAAGGAAGAUGAUGAUGCAUUAAUUUGAACUAUAUAGGGUCUAGAGGUGGGUGGGAGAUAAAAUAAAUAAGAUAGAAACGGUUCCAUACGAGUAUUUCUUCACGAAAUUUUUUGUUUGUAAAACCACCACUAAUGUAAGAUAACGAAAACCAGUAAAGAUCGCUUUUGUGAAUAACGUGUAUUUAAUAAUGAAGUAACCGUAUUUUUAAUAUUAUUAGUGAGAUAAUUUAAAUUUUUAGUUUAUAGCAUGUAUGGUGUAAGAUUGUUGAGGGUUGCUGUACACAUUUCAUAUAAUACCAAUACCACAUCUGUUGAUAAACUCCUCCUUUUUUGGAAGUCGGUUAAAACUAUUGCACUAGAGCAAAUUAAAUCUUUGAAGUUCGUAAAAAUACAGUUAAAGCCUUUUGGGCUUAAUGUUACAAUGAAAAUAAUUUAUAAUGGGUACUGACAAUGUGUACAGUAAUUCUAAAGAAUAAUAGUUGUGCAUAGUUCUAAACAAAUUUCGGUGUACUGAUGUGAAACCAAAUAUUAUUUUGUAUAUACUCUUGGUAAUUAUAGUGUAACAUAGACAUAUAUUAUUCAAAGCUGUAUCACGUUUACGCUUUUUGGCGAAAAUUCAAAGUUUCAGAUAAAUAUAAGCAAUUGUUCCCAUUUCAAUAGAACUUUGAGGAAUCAAACUAUGUAAUUCUGGUAGCGAUUGCUAAGAUGAUUAAGUAAACUUUGUAAGCGUGAAAAUUGUAUUAAAAAUGUACAAAAUUAUCAUUAAA